ACCCCUCGGCGGGAGGCGCAGACGCGGGCGCAGCCGGCCGGGCGCCAGGAUGGCUCUGUCUGCGACCGACCGCGCGCUAGUGCGCGCCCUCUGGAAGAAGCUGGGCAACAACGUCGGCGUCUACGCGACCGAGGCCCUGGAGAGGUGCGGCGAGGCUGGGCGCUCUCCGGCUCACCUGCCGCCCCGCUCCCAGCGCCGGCAUGCGCCUCAGCCUCCGUUCCUCCCCAGGACCUUCCUGGCCUUCCCCUCCACCAAGACCUACUUCCCCCACUUCGACCUGCGCCCCGGCUCCGCCCAGGUCAAGGCCCACGGCCAGAAGGUGGCGGAUGCGCUGACCCUCGCCGUCGACCACCUGGACGACCUGCCCGGCGCGCUGUCGGCUCUGAGCGACCUGCACGCGCGCGAGCUGCGUGUGGACCCCGCCAACUUCCAGCUCCUGGGCCAGUGUCUGCUGGUGACCCUCGCCCGGCACUUCCCCGGAGACUUCAGCCCGGCCCUGCACGCUUCGCUGGACAAGUUUCUGAGCCACGCGAUCUCGGCCCUGGCCUCCAAAUAUCGCUAAGCCGGGGGCGGGUGGUCGCGGGACCCCCCAGUCGCCCGCUUCCCUGAGGCCCGUGUUUCAGUAAAGUCCCCCAAGGCCGCACCCUCGUGCUCGCGUUCUCUCCGGGGGGCGGGACGCGACCGAGGGCCCCUCCCAAAGGAAAGGUGGGGGUCUGGGGCAGGCCUGAGCCUCCGGCCCCCCAAAUGACUGAUUGGGGCGCACCGUCCUGCCCCUCCGCGAGGGCGACUGGAGGAGGUGCAUGCCGCCCCCGCCGCCGACAGAUUUCGAGCAUCUGGUCCCAAAUCCCGUACGGUGAAUCCCGCCUGACACACCAGGCCCCUGGGGGGGCACAGGCCUGCGACUUGGGCCGCUCAGGGUGGGGCAGUAGGUGGGGAGGUGUCACAGGCUGCCCUGGUCCCCAUCCCUGCCCGUCCCCAGGGCUGUCCCCUUAGUCCUCCUUCGGGCUCAUCUCAGGUCCAGGGAAGCUGGGCCUGGUGCCAUCGCAAGAAUCCUCGCCCCCCUGGAGCGGAGGGCGGCGUUGGGGGUGGCGCGUGGGUCGGGACCCUGGGCACAGCCUUUGAGAAAAUGAGGGAGCGGCGCCCCCUGCCGGCGAAGGGCCCCGCCUGCGGUUGUGCAGUGCCUCUGGCGGGUACUGGGAACUUAGGGUAUCUGAGAGGCUUGUGGGGAAAGCCCCUUGUUGCUAGACUUGGGAUCUGGUGGAAGGAGGUGGGUCCAGCCCCGGUUCCAGCUCAGAACCCUGUCUUCACCCCACACCUCUACAGAGAGGGCAGCUGGAGCUUUUUUGGUCCAGUGUAUCCAACAUUCCUUCAGUUCCUACUUUACACAUGGCAAACUGUCACGUGUGAACAAGCAGAGGACGUGGAAGUCACUCCAACAGCACAAGCGUGACACACACAGACAUACCACACACACGGGGCAGAAACAGGCCCCACCCAGAGCUGCAACGUUUGUGUACAGCGUUUAUGUCCUCCAGACACAUUCAGAAAUGGCAUCCUCAAAGUGAAACUGAGAAAAAGUGGAGAAAUUGGACCAUAUAAAGAGAAAAAACAGUAUAGGGACUGUGAUGGCUAAUUUUAUGUGUCAACUUGAUUGGGCUAAGGGCUGCUCAGGUGGCUGGUAGCCCCAUUACUUCUGAGCACGUCUGUGAGGAUGUUUCUGGAAGAAAUUAGUAUUUGACUUGGCAGACUGAGUAAAGACAGCCCUCGGCUAUGUGGGUGGGUCUCAUCCAAUCCACUGAGAGCCCAGAUAGAACAAAAAGGUGGCAGAGGGGCGAAUCUGUUCUGCUUGGGCUGGGACAGCCACCUUCCCCUGCCCUUGGACAUUAGUGUUCCUGGUUCUCAGGUCUUACAGCAUUAGCUCCCCUGAUUCUUGGGCCUUCAGGUUUGGGCUGGAACUGCUACACCACCAGCUUUCCUGGACCUCCGCUUUGCACAUAGCAGACCAUGAGACUUCUCAGCCUCCCUAAAACUGUGUGAGCCAAAACCUCAAAAUAAAUCUCUUCCUUAUAUCUAUA